AUGUCACGUCUAAAUGGCACCAGCCUAACACCACUUUCAUUCAUCCUAAAUGGCAUCCCCGGUCUGGAAGAGGUCCAUCUGUGGAUCUCCUUUCCCCUGAGUACCAUGUACUGCAUUGCUCUCACAGGGAACUUCGGCCUUAUGUAUCUCAUCUAUUCAGAAGAGGCCUUGCACAGACCCAUGUACAUCUUCCUAGCCCUCCUUUCCUUCACCGACGUGCUCAUGUGCACCAGCACUCUUCCCAACACUCUCUGCAUAUUGUGGUUCAACCUGAAGGAGAUUGAUUUUAAGGCCUGCCUGGCCCAGAUGUUCUUUGUGCACACCUUCACAGGGAUGGAGUCCGGGGUGCUCAUGCUCAUGGCCCUGGACCGCUACGUGGCCAUCUGCUACCCCCUGCGCUAUGCCACCAUCCUCACCAACGCAGUCAUUGCCAAAGCUGGGCUCCUCACUUUUCUUCGGGGUGUCCUGCUUGUCAUCCCCUUCACGUUCCUCACCAAGCGCCUGCCAUACUGCAGGGGUAAUAUAAUCCCCCACACCUACUGUGACCACAUGUCUGUCGCCAAGAUAUCCUGUGGGAAUGUUCGGGUCAACGCCAUCUAUGGCUUGAUGGUGGCCCUCCUGAUUGGGGGUUUUGACAUCCUGUGCAUCACAGGCUCCUACACCAUGAUUCUUCGGGCAGUUGUGAGUCUGUCCUCAGCAGACGCUCGACAGAAGGCCUUCAGCACCUGCACAGCCCACAUCUGUGCCAUCGUGAUCACCUACGUCCCAGCUUUCUUCACCUUUUUCACACACCGCUUCGGGGGACACACCAUUCCUCCACACAUACACAUCAUCAUGGCCAAUCUCUACCUGCUCACGCCUCCCACCAUGAACCCUAUUGUGUACGGGGUGAAAACCAAGCAGAUACGAGAUAGCGUUAUUAGGCUCUUGUUUAAAGGAAAGGAUAAGUCUGCUAAUAAAAUUUCCAAAUAG